AUGGCUAGCUCCCAGGGACAAGAUAUUAUUUGCUGCCAGUUAAGUCCAAACCCUGUUGAACAUCACUGCAAUCUUUGUCACGUUGACCUCUGCCUAUCAUGCAUACCAAAACAUAUGGCAGAUAAAUCAAAGGAACAUGAAAUUGUUGGAUACACUUCUAGAAAACAAGAUUCUUUUUCUCUAGCAUUUUGUCAUAUACACAAGAAUAACCGAUGUGAGACAUUCUGUCAGGAUUGUAAUAUUCCAAUAUGUAUUCAGUGUCUAAUAGGUUCACACAAAAAGCAUGAAUUUACCGAUAUCAAUGAUAUUCUUCAAGAAUAUAAAAAGCAAAUCAUAUAUGAUACAGAAGAACUUGAAAAUAAAGCUGUUCCAAAAUAUAGAAACAUAAACCUGAGUAAAGUCACAACAGGGUUUGAUAAAGUUGUGUCUGCCAUAAAGGAACAAGAAGAGGAAAUAUGGAAAGCCGUACAUGAAAUAAGCAUUCAACUUACAGAUGAAGUAGUUGUGCAGAAAAAAGAAGCUAUAAGUAAGUACAAAGAAAACCAAUCUCUGGCUGAAAAAGAAGUCAACCAAAUUGUAAAAGAAAAUAAAUAUAUCAUUAGAAGUAAUGAUGCAACCGCCAUAAUACACUAUCAAUCAAGAAAUAGGGAUUUCCGAAAAGGACCAGAAUUACCAAGUUUGUCUUGUCCAAAGUUGCUACCUGGUAUUAUUAAAAAAGACCAGAUUGCUGCCAUGUUCGGUUUUCUUCAGACUGAACAGAACUUGGUGAAGAAGCCUGGAAUGCUGAAAAUGAUGGACGACCCUGCGAUAUUUAGAACAAUACAAAGUUCUUUUGGAGGUUGGCGUAGAUUAUGGCGAGUCCAAUGCGUGGGGAGUGAAAGUAUCUUGAUCAGUGGAGGUGACAGCACAAUUAAACAAAUAGACAGAACUGGGUCAAUUUUAAAAACAAUUAAAACAAAUGAUAAUGUCUGGGCAUUAACCAUUAAUUCACAACAGGAUCCACUGUUUUCAACGAUGCAUUAUAAAAGUACAGACAUAUACCAAUACAAUGAUGGAAUAGUGAAGAUAUUAAUAAGUAUACAUGACUGGUUUCCUGUUGGUCUUUGGUAUUCAGGCAAAGGAGAUUUACUGGUCAGUAUGCGCUCUAUGGAUACGAAUCAGAGUAGAGUGGUGAGAUACUCAGGGAUGACAGAGAAACAAAAGAUCCAGUACGACAGCGAAGGACAACCUCUGUUUUCUACUGGUGUCGUGAAAACUGUAAUUCUCCUGACAGAAAAUGGUAAUGGAGAUAUAUGUGCUGCUGACUGUUAUGGAAAGAUGGUUGUUGUUGUGGAUUCCUUUGGGAGAUUAAGAUUUAAGUACACAGGCAAUCUUUCCAAACAAUCAAAGUACACAGAAUUUUCACCCUCUCAUAUUGCUGCUGAUGUCUCUACUCAAAUAUUGAUAAGUGACAAAAGUAACAACAUUGUCCACAUUAUAGACAGUGAUGGUAACUUUGUCCGUUAUAUUGUGUGUCCAUGUGAUGGUGGACUCAGUAUUGACACUGAUUGCAAUCUUGUUAUUGGAGACAAAGAUACUGGAAAAAUUCAAUUUAUCAAAUAUCUAGAGUGA